GGCCCUUUGACUUUUCUCCCCUUCCUGCUUCUCCUCCCUCCCCCGGCGCUGCUCCAGCUUAAAUUCUCUUCCCCCGGCACAACCCUGUUCACAUUUUCCCAAACUCUGCUUUGUUUUUCUCUUGCUUCAUUCGUCAGUGAUCUCCGGGAGCAGAAACUCCUCAAAUAGAAUAUAAGGCUACAAAUAGCUGGAAAAGAAAUAAGGAUCAAGCAGGAGGCUAACUGAGUAUUGGUAGUUUAAUCUUGCGACGAAGAUGGAAACAUCGGGUGCUAAUUCAGAACAAUACGCCAUGUCUUCCUCCUCCUCAUCUUCCACUGUUGGUGUAAAUAAUAGUAACAGUAAUAGCACUGAAACCUGGUACGGGAUGAGGUUAGCCCCUGUCAGCCCCUUCCGUUCUCCAGUUUCCUUGCUAUUAAAUUACGCGGGCAUUCUCCACUCAAGUUCGUCAGCUCGCGAUUCAGAGGCCACGACAGUCAACAGCGGAGUUACCCCGUUGGAAAUACGCUCUCAGCUUCCUGAGUCUGGCACCGCGUGCAGUAGCAGUGCUGGUGAAGUUUCGAUACGGAUAAUUGGGGCUGCAGAACAAGAACAGAGUGUUGCGUUAGGUUCUUUUUCUACUACCUCUCUAAAUCAGCUUGGACAAGUCGAUCACGAUGAUUUGACGAGAAAUAGAGGAGGAAUGCCCGCACUGGAUGAGGGUGCGGAGGAUCGCAGCGGAAGAGCCCCCUUAGUGUCUUCAACGACACCGGCCACUAGUGGACAGGUGGAUGAAAAUGUCGGAAACGCCGCGGAAAGCAACCAUGGGGAUUCAUCCUCUUACCAGAGGUAUGAUAUUCAGCAGGCUGCUAAGUGGAUUGAGCAGAUUCUUCCUUUCUCACUGUUGCUAUUGGUUGUUUUCAUUCGUCAGCACUUGCAAGGCUUUUUUGUCACGAUUUGGAUUUCAGCUGUGAUGUUCAAAUCAAAUGAAAUUGUUAAGAGGCAGACAGCGCUGAAGGGAGACAGGAGAGUCUCAAUUCUUGUUGGCAUCUCUGUCGCCUUCAUGCUUCAUGUGAUGUGCAUUUACUGGUGGUAUCAAAGUGAUGAUCUUUUAUACCCGCUGAUCAUGGUUCCUCCAAAAUCAGCACCACCUUUCUGGCAUGCUAUAUUCAUCAUCUUGGUUAAUGAUACACUAGUGCGGCAAGUAGCAAUGGCUUUCAAGUGUUUGCUGCUUAUAUAUUACAAAAAUGGAAGAGGUCACAACUUCCGCCGCCAGGGCCAAAUGUUAACUCUGGUCGAAUAUUCAUUGCUGUUGUAUCGUGCCUUGUUGCCUACAUCAGUUUGGUACCGUUUUUUCUUAAACAAGGAUUAUGGGAGUCUUUUUUCAUCACUGACAACAGGAUUGUAUUUAACUUUCAAGCUAACAUCUGCUAUUGAGAAGGUUCAAUGCUUCUUCUCUGCCUUAAAAGCAUUAUCAAGAAAGGAAGUUCAUUAUGGAAUAUAUGCCACAAUGGAACAGGUAAAUGCUGCUGGCGACCUAUGUGCUAUAUGCCAAGAGAAGAUGCAUGCUCCAGUUUUGUUGCGUUGCAAACACAUCUUCUGUGAGGAAUGCGUAUCAGAAUGGUUUGAGAGAGAACGGACUUGCCCGCUAUGCAGAGCAUUGGUAAAACCCGCUGAACUACGGACCUUUGGAGACGGAUCGACAAGUCUAAUUUUCCAGCUGUUUUAGGCUCUCUAAGUGUUUUUCAGGUUGGAUUAUCAUUUCACCCCGCAUUUUACCUACAAAAUGCCCUUACUUUGUUCUAUGAUUUGAGAAGUUUUCUCAUCAAUGGCUGCCCCAAAAAAUCAGACUGAAGGAAAGCAUCAUAAAUAUGGUUCACAUUUAGUACAUAAGCACAUGUUCGAUUGUUGUCAUAAGGUACGAUGAGCAAGGGGUUUUUGCUUUGCUGCCAGAUACUGAAACGAAAGGAUUCGCUCUCCUGAUAUUUCCACAUUUGCCAAAAAUCAUGAUGAACACAAAUUUGUUCAUAAUAUUACAUCCCUUCGAAAUUUAAGUCCAGCCUUUC